AUGUUCUGGAACGUUGGUGGCCUAACUGCUGACAAAUUCACAGAAUGGAAGACGAUUAUUACAAAGGAGGAUGCUGAUUUAUAUGGGAUCGUAGAAACCGGCUCAUCCACUGAAAAUAUCCAGUUCUACCAAUUACCGGGAUAUCAAACUUAUAAACUGCAGAGAUCCAGGCAGGUUGCAUCAGGAAUAAUUGUCGCUGCUAAAUCAUCCCUCAAGGACCUCGCUGUGUCGCUGUUAAGGAUUAUCCCCACCCGGUGCAGCCCUACUUCAUUGUCAUUGCCGUGCCAGCUGUCUAUGAGCAAAAUGUUAAACACUUUGAUGGGGGAAGGAGAAGGUGCUCCUCCGCCAAGACCACCAGCACAAAUCCGGCCCACAUAUCAGCAGCAAGGUCCAAGGCUACAACAGAUGACUUAUCCUCGUCCCACAACUACCCACCUGCCCCCUCAAAAUGUUAUGAGAGGACCAGAAGAACCCAAUUUAGAUUUAAGUCAUCUGAGUGCUGAAGAAAGAGCACUUAUUCAGAAUGUCAUGGCCAAAGCUAAAGAUUUAGAUAAAACUCAGAAACCGUGA